AUGGCGGUGUUAAGCAAUAUAAUAUUCACCUCUGUGUCCACAGAAGUUCCGAAAGCACUCGGUCAUACGGAUAUCUGUUACAAGAGAAGAGACACAAUAUGUCCGAGUGGCAUGUUCAGGUGUCCGGAGGGCAAGUGUAUACCUGCACUUUGGGUGUGCAACUACCAGCGCGACUGCGAGAAGGGCGAAGAUGAAUUCCAAUCAUGUCCGCCGCCGGAGUGCGAGGCGGGGCAGCUGACGUGCGGCCAGUACGUGUGGAACAAGACGUACUGCAUCCCGCCGCACUACCGCUGCGACAUGCAGGUGGACUGCGUCGACGGCACCGACGAGGCUGACUGCACAUACCGUAAAUGUCAGACUGAUGACUUCCAGUGCGGGAUGGAAGGCGCCGGCCCUGGCAAGAUCUCAUCACAAGGACCCUGCAUACCCAAGGAAAAGAAAUGUGACGGGUACUUAGACUGCAGAACAGGUCGCGACGAGCAGGACUGCCCGGGCCAGCAGCUCGCCUGCAGGUUGGACCAGUUCCGGUGCGCGGCGGGCAAUAAGUGCGUGGACGCGGCCGUCAAGUGCGACCACAAGGACGACUGCGGAGACAACUCGGACGAAGCACACUGCAGCUUCCCACCGUGCCACAUCGGGCAGUUCCGCUGCAGCAACGCGCUGUGCAUUCCCGCAACGUACCACUGCGACGGAUACAAGGACUGCUCGGACGGCUCCGACGAGGCGAACUGCACCGCUAUUGCCUGCCCCGACAACAAGUACCUGUGCCCUAAGGGCGGGCCGGGGGGCGCGCACAAGUGCAUCGCUAGGUCACAGCUCUGCGACGGCAAGAAGGACUGCGAAGAUAAUGCUGAUGAGGAAACUGCUUGCUCUACGUCAUCCUGUCCGGCGCUUGAGUGCGAGUACAAAUGCGUGGCGUCCCCCGCGGGCGGAGCGUGCGCCUGCGCCGCCGGCCUCACACUAGCUGCAGACAACCGCACCUGCGUGGACCGGGACGAGUGCAAGGAGUGGGGAUACUGCCACCAACUGUGCAUCAACACGCCGGGAUCAUACAAGUGCGCGUGCGCGCCAGGCUACACGCUGGUGGAGAGCGGGCGGUGCUCGGCGGUGGCGUCGUCCGCGCCGUCGCUGCUGCUGGCGCACGCGGGCGCCGUGCUGCGCAUGGACCUGCACGGCCGCGCGCCCGUCACCGUCGCCAACGCCACGGCCGCGGCUGGACUCGACUACCACUAUCGAAAGAAUCUGCUGUUCUGGUCCGAUCUUAAGACUAGGAAGAUCCACUCGCAGCAGCUGAGCGUGCCCGCCGGUGUAUCCAGCUACACGGGCACCGACAUCACGGUGGCGGGCUCGUGGGCUCCGGUGGCGCUGGCCGUGGACUGGGUGGGCGACAAGUUGUACGUGGCGGACGCCAUCGGACAGAAGAUCGAUGUGUUUGAGCUGGACGGACGUUGGCACGCCGUGGUGCUGGGCUCCAACCUCACCAACCCGGCUGACCUUGCACUGGACCCUACCCUGGGACUCAUGUUCGUCGCUGAUAGUAGUCAGAUUAUCAGGGCGAAUAUGGACGGAACGCACUCAAAGGCAAUAGUCUCGGAGGCAGCCUACAAGGCGUCUGGUAUAGCUGUUGAUAUCAUCGCGCGAAGAGUGUUCUGGUGUGACUCCCUCCUGGACUACAUAGAGACUGUAGAUUAUGAAGGAAACCAUCGAUUCCUGGUCCUUAGGGGCCAGCAGGUGCCUAGUCCCUCCAGACUGGCACUGAUCGAAGACCGAGUCUAUUGGUCGGACAACACGAAACAAGGAAUCAGCUCUGUAAACAAAUAUGAAGGACCAUCUAGCAUACAGGCUAUCUACAAAAUGAAGGACAUCAGAGAACCGAAGGCGAUCACAGUGAUACACUCGCUGAAGCAAACCUCAGUGAACAAUCCGUGCGGCACCAACAACGGAGGCUGUUCCCAGAUGUGUAUCGUCACUGCGCUGCAGAACGGCGGGCUCGGCUACCGCUGCGCCUGCAACAUCGGCUACAGGCUCGAGACCGAUCUAAGGAACUGUGAUCUCGUUAAGGAAUUCCUUAUGUAUUCCCAGCAGCGGUUUAUCAAAGGAAAAGUCUUAAACCCAGUUAUAGAAGGUUUUAGUGACGCUAUACUCCCAGUUGUAUCCAAGAGGGCAAGAUUUGUAGGACUGGACUUCGAUGCUCGAGAUGAACAUAUUUACUACUCUGAUGUUUUACAAGAUGUCAUAUACAGAGUGCAUAGAAAUGGAACAACGAAAGAAAUUGUUUUAGCAUCACAAAAUGAAGGAGUAGAAGGAUUGGCUGUGGACUGGGCUUCUAAAAACCUUUACUACAUCGAUUCUCGGAAAGGAACGUUAAACGUUUUGUCGACAAGAAAUGUAGCUUACAAAAGAACCUUACUGAAAGAUUUAAAAAGACCGCGUGCCAUAGUAGUACACCCUAACAAGGGAUUCAUCUUCUUCUCGGAAUGGGAUAGACCUGCCAAUAUCAGCAGAGCAUACACAGAUGGAAGCAACUUGUUAGUAUUCGAGAAUGUCACUCUUGGCUGGCCGAACGGUUUGUCUAUAGACUUCGAUGCGGAUCGUUUAUACUGGUGUGAUGCCUUACUGGACCACGUCCAACACUCUAAACUCGAUGGAACAGACGUCAAGACUGUCAAUUCAAGACUCAUCAGACAUCCGUUCUCCAUCGUCAUCCACAAAGAGUUCAUGUACAUCACUGAUUGGAGAUUGGAUGCCAUCGUAAGGUUACACAAGUUGACUGGUGAACAAGAAGAUAUCAUGGUGCGGGAGCCACAAACGAACAGGCUUUACGGAGUGAAAGUGUACAGCGAAGAGAUUCAGAGGAUAGACCCCAUGCAACCUUGCUCUAGGAACAAUGGCAACUGCCAAAAACUCUGCUUUGCUGUGCCUAGGAACAAUACGGAACUUUUAACCGUCAAAUGCGGAUGUCCUUAUGGAGAGAAGCUCGCACCUGACGGCACCAGCUGUAUCGCCGACCCCAACUCCGAGCCGCCCGUACAGGCCUGCCCACACUCCUGGGACUUCACCUGUAACAACCAGCGGUGUAUUCCUAAAAGUUGGGUGUGCGAUGGAGAUGACGAUUGCUUGGACAAUAGUGACGAAGAACAGAAUUGCACCAAAACAACGUGCAGUGCCUCAGAAUUUAUGUGCAAGUCUGGUCGCUGCAUUCCUGCCACUUUCAAAUGUGACUCUGAGAACGACUGCGGCGACUUCUCCGACGAGACCGGCUGCGUGAACGUGACGUGCUCGUCGUCUCAGUUCCAGUGCGACAACGGGCGCUGCGUGCCCAACACCUGGAAGUGCGACUCUGAGAACGACUGCGGGGAUGGCUCCGACGAGGGCUCACAUUGUGCUGAGAAAACUUGCGCCUACUUCCAGGAGGCGUACAAAUGUGAUGGCAUCCCAGACUGCAACGACGGUAGUGAUGAAGCGGGCUGCCCGUCUCUGGCGCCGCACCAGUGUCAGCCCGACAAACAGUUCCAGUGCAGGUCCUCCGGCAUCUGCAUCCCUACCACGUGGUACUGCGACGGCACGCCGGACUGCGAGGACCUGUCGGACGAGCCGGCGUCGUGCGGCUCGGUGGCGUGCGCCGCCAACUACUACCGCUGCCACAACGGCCGCUGCGUCUUCAAGGCCUACGUCUGCGACGGACACGACGACUGCGGGGACGGCUCCGACGAGGGGCUCGAGCACGCCUGCAAGCCGCCCGCCUUCAGGUGUCCUUCUCAUCAAUGGCAAUGUCCCGGGGUCACAGGCAGAUGUGUCAACAUCACUCAAGUUUGUGACAGUAAAUUUGACUGUCCCAAUGGCGCAGAUGAAGGUGCCAGCUGUGAUUUCGCUGAAUGUGAACACCAAGACGGGCUAUGCUCUAACGGUUGCAAACAAACACCAAACGGACCGCUGUGUCUGUGUCCUCCCGGUGAAGAGUUGGAUGUGGAUGGCUCCAACUGCAAAGAUAUCGACGAAUGUAAUCCGCCGGGUCUCUGUUCACAGACCUGCACUAAUACUAAGGGCUCGUACGUGUGCUCCUGUGUCGACGGCUACAUCCUCACCAUUAAUAAUCACACAUGUAAGGCAAAUAACCACUCCAGCGCCUUCCUCAUCAUAUCUAAUAGACAUUCCAUCUUAGUAGCUGACCUCAACGAACAAGGCCUCGAAAGGGUCCCAAUAAACGUAGAAAAUGUAGUCGCUACAGCCUCAAACAUGCACACGGGAACUAUAUUUUGGUCCGACAUGAAACUAAAAAAGAUCUCCCGCUUGGACCGCGGCAGCGAGCCGCAAGUCAUCAUAUCUACUGGUCUAGACCUCGUUGAAGGGCUGGCGUACGACUGGGUGGGAGGAAACAUUUAUUGGUUAGACAGCAAACUUAAUACUAUCGAAGUAGCCAAAGAAGACGGCAGUGCUAGAACAGCUUUAUUGAGCGGUAACAUUACACAACCAAGGGGAAUGUGUUUGGACCCAGCUCCCAAUGCCAGGUGGCUGUUCUGGACGGACUGGGGAGAGAACCCUCGUAUCGAAAGAGUGGGUAUGGACGGUACACAACGAUCAGCUAUCAUCACCACCAAGAUCUACUGGCCGAACGGCUUAACUUUAGACACCGCCACACAAAGGGUGUAUUUCGCUGAUUCGAAGUUAGAUUUUAUCGACUUUUGUUACUAUAAUGGCACAGGAAGACAACAGGUGUUAGCCGGUAGUCAUUAUCUCUUGCAUCCUCAUUCCUUAACUUUGUUCGAGGAUACUCUAUAUUGGACAGACCGACAAUUGAACAGAGUAUUGUCAGCACACAAGUUCAAAGGAUCCAAUCAAACAGUAGUAUCUCACUUAAUCUCUCAGCCUCUGUCCAUCCACGUGCACCACCCCUCGCUGCAGCCAUUGUACACGUCUCCCUGCAAGAAAGACUCGUGCCAGCAUCUUUGUCUACUCAGCCCUAAUAAGACAAUAGGUUACACGUGCAUGUGCAAGCCUGGAUUCAAACUGUUGCCGGAUGGCAAAUGUGUGGAAGAGGAAACUGCUUAUCUUAUGGUGCUUAAGGGAACACAAGUAAUAGAUUUAUCAACUGAUGGAUCUGGCCGAGCUGGACAACUUGCUCCUAUCGUAGGCAUUCAAGGUGGGGUCCAACUAGAUUACGACCGGCAAGGUCACAUGUUAUACUGGCUGCAAUCCAUAUCAGGUGACAGUGACGACGAUGAGAACUGUACAAUUUACAGUAUGCCUUACGGCGGUGGUAAUAAAGCUGAGUUCUUUGGGUCAGACACUGGUAUUGUUGGAGCACCUUCGUCCAUAGCGUUCGAUUGGCUUGGAAGAAAUUUGUACAUGGCAAACAGAGUAGCCAGUAAUAUUGAGUUGGUGAGGGUUGACGGCAAAGUGAAGUACAGGUCUAUCGUGAUGGCUAAUGACGGUAGCAGAGGUUCUGUAGCUAAACCGAGAGGAAUUUGCUUGGAUCCUACCGAAGGAAAAAUGUACUGGUCUGACGAGGGUGGUUUCGGAGUGCCAGCAAAAAUUGGUAAAGCUAACAUGGACGGCUCUAAUCCUAUUAUCCUGGUUGACACAAUAGAAAGGCCAGAAGCAGUCACCAUCGAUGUAGAAAAGAAGAUCAUCUAUUUCAGUACCCAGUUCCCGGCCAGCAUCAACAGUGUCAACACCGAAGGCAAUGAUAGGAAAACAAUCUUAACUGAGACUAAUGCUAUUUCUUAUCCUAAAGUUAUCGCCGUACUUGACUCAAGGUUGUACGUCCUAGACCCACUACACGAAAAAAUUAUUAAAGCAGACCUACCCAACGGUGACAAUAUCAAAACUGUAUUAGACAAUGAAAGUGACUUGAAAUCAUUCACUAUAUUCCAAAAGAGGAAAAUGGUACACCAUCCUUGUUCUCAAAGCAAUGGAGGUUGUGAGCAAAUCUGUAUUCCUGGUGACGGUGGGUCCCGCAUCUGUGCGUGCUCAGUUGGCUACAGAAAAGAGAACGAAAUCAACUGUGUACCGUACAAAACGUUUGCAGUAGUGUCCCAACUAGACCUAAUCCGCGGAUACAGUAUCGAUUCUAGCGCUGAAGCUAUGGUCCCAGUCACUGGUGUGGGCCAUCAUAUACUCCAUGUAGACGUCCAUUUUGCCGAGAACUACAUUUACUGGGUCGAGUUCAAUCGUGGACAAUGGAACGGCGUAUUCCGCAUUAGACCAAAUGGCACGGAACUGCAACAUAUUGUCAAAGAUGGUAUCGGUAGCAAUGGUAUCAGAGGUUUGGCUGUGGACUGGGUGGCUGGAAAUCUUUACUUCACUAACGUCUUUCCUCAUGAAAAUUAUGUAGAAAUGUGUUGGCUAGAUGGAUCAAACAGAAAAGUAUUAGUAAAAACCACAAUGGAUGCUCCAAGAGAACUUGCCGUCAAUCCUCUAAAGAGAUUGCUGUAUUGGAUAGAUUACGGCCAAUACCCAAGAAUCGGUAAGGCUUACUUAGACGGCAGUAAUUGGCAGACUGUCGUCAGCUCCGGAAUAUCUAAUCCGAGAGACUUGACCAUCGACAUGUUGACGCACGACGUUUACUGGGUUGAUUCCAAACUUGAUCAAAUUCAAAAGAUUUCAUAUAACGGUGGAAACAGACAACUAAUAAGAUCGAACUUACCUAACCCAAUGGGUGUCGCCAUACACACUGGGAGCGUGUAUUGGGUGGAUAGAAACUUACAAACUAUCUACAAAGCUUCGAAGUUGCCUGGAAACAUGUCUAUGCCUGAGAAAGUGAGAAUUAAUCUCCCAAAACUAAGAGAUAUUGUUAUAUUUGAUGUAAACAAUCAGCCUACGGAUGAAAAUAACCCUUGUCGAAAGCUGGGUAAUGGAGGAUGUGACCAACUGUGUUUCAGUUAUCCACCGGAAGCUAACAAAGGCUACACACAUAGAUGUGACUGUGCCACUGGGCAAAUAUCUGCUUCCAAUCCCAAGAAAUGUGAUGUUGUCGACGAAUACCUGGUAUUUACUACUAGAACCGAAAUUCGGGCCAUUAAUUUAGAUCCAAAAUCGACUGGAGUUCCAUUCAAACCCGUAGUAAACCUGACAAAUGUUGUGGGUGUUGAAUUUGAUUACACUGACAAUAAACUGUUCUUCACGCAAAUCAGGCCAUGGGCUAGAAUAGGAUGGAUGUCUGCAAACAAUCCAGAUCCUUCUACCAUUCAAAAUAUCAUCAGUAAAGGCAUCAAUCCCGAAGGAAUAUCUUAUGACUGGACACAGAAAAAAGUAUACUGGACUGAUAGCUCGAACAACUCCAUUUAUGCUAUGAAUUUAGAUGGUUCUGAACUGGUAAUGAUUGCUCGAGUUGAACGACCAAGGGCCAUUGUUGUUGAUCCUUGCAACGGAACCCUAUAUUAUACUGACUGGGGAAGAUUCGGAACUUCUGGCAAAAUCUAUAGAACAACCAUGGCAGGAUCUUUGAAAAAAGCUAUCAUUGAUAAAGACUUGUCCCAACCGAGCGGCUUGACCAUCGACUUUGAUGAGAAUAUGUUAUACUGGACGGACGCUGUCCGAGAAAAAAUUGAGCGAUCAAAACUUGAUGGUUCUGAUAGAGAAGUUCUCAUCAGCGCUACUAUCUAUCCGUUUGCGAUAACUGUUUUUGGAAACUACAUUUACUGGACUGAUCUUCAGCUACGUGGGGUAUAUAGAGCAGAGAAACACACUGGCGCUAAUAUGAUUGAGAUGGUGAAGCGACUGGAAGAUUCCCCUCGUGAUAUUCAUAUAUACAGUCCGAGCAGACAAAAGUGUCAAGUGAAUCCGUGUAAGAUCAGUAACGGCGGAUGUGCACACAGCUGUCACCCCGCACCCAACAAUACAGUCGAAUGUAAGUGUGACGACAACACCAAACUAGUGAACGAAGGAAGAAUGUGUGUGGCCAAGAACAUAACCUGUGAUGCUAGUAAAUUCUUCUGUGCUAAUGGGAAAUGUAUCAGCAAAAUGUGGUCAUGUGAUGGUGAUGAUGACUGCGGUGACAAUUCAGAUGAAGAUAAAAACUACUGUACUUACCAUUCAUGCUCGCCCAGUGAAUUCCGCUGUAACAACGGCAGGUGUAUCUUCCAGUCAUGGAAGUGUGACCACGAGAACGAUUGCAAAGAUGGUUCCGAUGAAGAGGGUUGCGUAUAUCCUCCAUGCGCCGAGGGAGAAUUUACUUGCUUGAAUUCACGUUGUAUACCAAUGUCUCAAGUUUGUAACGGCAUCAAUGAUUGUAAAGACAAUAUCACAUCAGAUGAAACACAUGAGCGUUGCCCGAUGAAUACGACUUGUCCGACCAAUCAUCUCAAAUGUGAAAAGACAAACAUUUGUGUUGAACCUUACUGGCUUUGUGAUGGAGAUAACGACUGUGGGGACAAUUCUGAUGAAGAUCCGCUACACUGCGCUCAAAGAACAUGUCCGCAAAACAGCUUCCGUUGUCCGAACCAUAGAUGCAUACCUGCCACUUGGUACUGCGACGGUGACGACGACUGCGGUGACGGCGCCGACGAACCGCCAGAAUAUUGCCGCUCUGAAGGUCGCACCUGCUUUGGAGACCUCUUUACAUGUGACAACGGUAACUGUAUACCCAGAAUCUACAUUUGUGAUGGUGACAACGACUGUCUGGACAACAGUGACGAAGACGAUCGUCAUCAAUGCAAUGAACGUAAAUGUGAUGCUGAAACAGAAUACACGUGUGAAGAAAAUAAAUUCUGGCAACGUGCUCAAUGUAUUCCGAAAAAAUGGAUAUGUGAUGGCGAUCCCGAUUGCAUUGACGGUGCCGAUGAAAACUCAACUAUUCAUCACUGCGCUACACCCACGCCCUGUUCUGAAGAUCAAUUCCAAUGUAAUAAUGGCCGCUGCAUUAAUGAAGGCUGGGUGUGUGAUCAUGACAACGAUUGUGGUGAUGGCUCCGAUGAAGGCAAACGUUGUAACACUCAAUACAAACAAUGUACCGACCAAGAGUUCAAGUGCCAGAACUUCAAAUGCAUCAGAAAUCAUUUCAGAUGUGACGGUGAAGAUGACUGCGGUGACCAUUCUGACGAAGUCGGUUGCGUUAAAGAAAAUAAAACAUGUCCUGCAGGACAAUUCAAAUGUAACAAUGAUCAGUGUAUUGACAACAGGUUGGUUUGUAAUAAAGUAUCAGACUGUACCGACGACUCUGAUGAACCUCCUCAUUGCAAUAUUGAUGAAUGUGCUAAAUUGGAGAUCAACCAGUGUGGCCAUAAGUGUAUUGACACACUCACCGGAUAUUACUGUGACUGUAAUCAAGGCUACAAGUUGUUGGCCGAUGGCAAAGCGUGUGCCGACAUAGACGAAUGCAUAGAAACACCAGGAGUUUGUUCACAAUACUGCUCAAACACUCCUGGAUCAUAUUACUGUAAAUGUAACGAACAAUAUUACGAAAGAGAACCCGAUGAGCACACCUGUAAACGAAAGGACAAUACUUCUGCUUGGAUUAUAUUUACGAACAAGUAUUAUGUGAGGAACAUGUCAACUGAUGCCAGUCUGUACAACCUUAUGCAUCAAGAUUUGAUGAACGUUGUUGCUAUCGAUUUUGAUUUCAAGGAACAAAGAAUGUAUUUCGCUGACGUUUCUGCUAAAACUAUCUACAGAUCGAAUUACACUGAUCCUAAUCCCACGAAAGAAGUGGUUAUCAGACAUGACUCUCAUGGAUUAGAAGGUAUAGCAAUAGAUUGGAUUGGAAGAAAGUUGUACUGGCUUGAUAGACAUUCCAAAAACUUGGAUGUGUCUGAACUGGAUGGUACCAGAAGAAAAACUUUAAAGACUGGUGUUAUCGAUCCCCGAGCAAUAGUUGUGCAUCCUGGGACGGGUUACCUUUACUUCACAUCAUGGCAUUUGCAAGCGUACAUUGGCAAAUUAGGAAUGGAUGGUUCCAAUUUUACUUCUAUUCUUAACUGGGAAGAUGAUAUUGCAUGGCCGAAUGCCCUGACCAUAGAUUAUUUCACUGACAGAAUAUACUGGGCUGAUGCACAUUUGGACUACAUCGGUUCAGCAGAUUUGGAAGGCCGACACAGGCAUGUCGUAUUAUCUGGUUCGAAAGUGCCUCAUGUAUUUGCUCUUAGCCUUUUCGAUGAUGAAAUUUUCUGGACUGACUGGAACCUCAAAGCAAUCAGCAAAGCAAAUAAGCAUUCUGGUGAAAACUUGACAAUUUUAAGAAACACAACUCAUAGGCCUUAUGAUAUUCACGUGGUUCAUCCAUUGCGGCAGUUGCCGUAUCCUAACCCUUGUGGUGAUAACAACGGAGGAUGCUCGCAUCUAUGUCUAUUAGCUCCACCACAUGCGUCCAGCUAUUUGAACAUCGAGGGUUACGGAGAGGAAGGUGCUACAACCUAUAAAUGUGCUUGUCCAAACCAAUUCUACUUAGCUCGAGACAUGAAGACUUGUAUCGCUAACUGUACUGAUGGUCAGCAUAGGUGUAAUGGUCGUGACGAGAAGUGUAUUCCGUGGUUCUGGAAGUGUGAUGGUGAGAAAGAUUGUAUGGACGGUUCAGACGAACCUGAGACUUGUCCAACACGACACUGUAGAGCUGGCUCAUUCCAAUGUAAGAACACCAACUGCACUCCGGCUGCUACUAUCUGUGACGGUACCGAUGACUGUGGAGAUGGCAGUGACGAGGCUGAGUGUGCUCACGAGUGUCCACUCCUCGAAUUCAAGUGCAAGUCCAGCGGUAGAUGUAUUCUUGACAGUUGGAAGUGUGAUGGCGAUACAGACUGCAAAGACAACAGCGAUGAAGACCCGGCCAUAUGUCAUAAUAGACCUUGUAAUACUGACACGGAAUUCGCAUGCAAGAAUGGACGAUGCAUUCCCAAACUAUGGAUGUGUGACUUCGAUAAUGAUUGUGGAGACGAUUCGGAUGAGCCAGCCUAUAUGUGCAGACAAAAGAAUUGUACAACUGGAUGGAGAAGAUGUCCAGGACAAGCGAAUUAUAGAUGUAUUCCAAAAUGGUUAUUCUGCGAUGGUAAAGAUGAUUGUAGGGAUGGAUCAGAUGAAUUACCCGAAAACUGUCCAAGCUGCAACACUGAAACUGAUUUCACAUGCGACAACAAACGCUGUAUACCAAAACAAUGGCUCUGUGACUUUACUGACGACUGUGGAGAUGGAAGUGACGAAUCUGAAACCGUCUGUCAGCAUAAGUACAGAGACUGUUCUGAAUCAGAAUUUAAGUGCGGCAACGGAAAAUGUAUCUCUUCGAGGUGGCGAUGUGACCAUGAAGAUGACUGUGGAGAUAAUACAGACGAGGCUGACUGCGGUGGCUUCAAGUGUAAGAAUGGAACAUUCCAGUGUAAAUCUGGACAUUGUAUCGCGGCAUACUUUAGAUGUGAUGGCGACAGGGAUUGUAGAGACUUGUCUGAUGAAAUCGGAUGUCCCCCGCGUUACCCUGGUGGCAGAUAUUGUCCAGAGAGCAGAUUCCAGUGCGCCAAUAACCUAUGCGUUUCCCAGUCAGAUCUAUGUGAUGGCACCGAUGACUGUGGGGAUGGAUCUGACGAGGCCGCCUCUAUAUGUACUAACUUCAACUGCGAUACUUUAAGACGAUUCCACUGUGAUAAUCAUAGAUGUGUACCUAGAUACCAAGUAUGUGAUGGUGUGGAUAACUGUGGUGACGGCUCGGAUGAGAACAAUAUGACAUUGUGCGCGGCGCGAGUCAAGCCGUGCGACCCUUACACGCAGUUCCAGUGCGCCAACAGACAUUGCGUGGAGCGCACGCAACUUUGCGACUUCGCAGAUGACUGCGGAGACGCCUCCGAUGAGCUCGGAUGCCAUCACACACAUACCUGUUCACAUCUUGAUAAAGGUGGUUGUGAACACUUCUGUACCAAUCUGACGCAAAUCGGUGGAGCAGGUGGCUACAUUUGCACUUGCUUCCAAGGCUGGAUCAUCUCACCUGCUGACAAGAAAAAAUGUAUCGACGUGGACGAGUGCGCUGCAGGCACGCAUCACUGCUCACAAAUCUGUAACAAUCUUAAUGGAAGCUAUAGCUGCGAUUGUAGAGAAGGAUUCAAACUGGCAGACAACUUGUCUGGUGUAUGCAAGGUUGUAGAAGACGAGGUUGUUCUGUUAUUCGCGAAUGGGCCAGAAAUACACGCAUUUGCACAAGAUAAGAACGAAGAGUUCGACGUCAUCACUGCUGAGAAGAGAAUUGAAGCUAUUGAUUACGAUCCUAAACACCAGAUGGUAUUCUGGGCGGAUAGUUACGACAAAACAAUAAAACGAUCGUACAUGAUCAACGCGCUUAACGGACAAGUCAAGAGUGGAUUUGCACAGGACUUGAACAUGAAAGGCAAUUCCAAACCAACUGCAUUAGCGGUUGACUAUGUCGGCGACAACUUGUACUGGACGGAAACCGACAGGACUGGUUCCAAACCUCGAGGACGUGUCAUGGUGGCUAGAACUGACGGAAGAUACCGUAGAGCACUUGUCUCGGCCGGAAUCGAAAGCCCAACAUCAUUGGUUCUCGACCCACAAAUGGGAAGAAUGUUCUGGGCAGACGCUGGCUCGGCUCCUAAGAUUGAAAUUGCCUGGAUGGACGGCUCGAAGAGGAGACCAAUUGUAACGGAAAACAUCAGACAUCCCACCGGCUUAGCUAUUGACCACUUGAUGGAUCAUUCCAUCUAUUGGGCUGAUACCAAACUAAACACUAUUGAAAUGAUGAGACACGACGGCUCAAAUAGAAAAGUUAUUCUGAAGGGUGAUCUACUGAAACACCCGCUGUCUCUGGACGUCUUCGAGUCAUCACUCUAUUGGGUUACCAGAGAAACUGGCGAACUCGUGAGACAAGAUAAAUUCGGAAGAGGAGUGCCAUUCAUUAUAUCCAAGGAUCUAGUCAACCCAUCGGCCGUUAAAGUGUACCACCCUCGGCGUUACAACGUGUCGGCGCGCUCCGAGUGCGCGCGCGCGCCGUGCUCGCACCUGUGUCUGGGCGUGCCCGCCGGCCGGCGCUGCGUCUGUCCCGACCAACAACAGCCGCAGAAGAGGCUCACACAGGAGCUGGCGUGCGACGCAGGUAUCCGUGGAGGCGCCGCGGCCGCUGCCCCGCGCGUGCCCGUGCGAGAACGGCGGCACGUGCGCGGAGGAGGCGGACGGCUCGCUGCGCUGCGUGUGCCGCGCGCCGCUGGAGCCCCCGCGGUGCGCGGCGGCGGCGGCGGCCACGCGGCGCGCGCGGCCACCGCCGCCGCCGUGCUCGUGCCCGUGCUGCUGCUGCUGCUGCUGGCGCUGGCCGGCGCCGCCGCCUGGUUCGUCAUCAGGAAGAGACCGUUCGGAAAGGGUGGCGGUCUGAGCAGCCUGGCGUCGUCGCAGAGCGUGUCGUUCCGACAAGGAUCCAAUGUGGAGUUCGGCGGCGUCGGGGGCGCGGGGGGCGCGGGGGGCGAGCCCGCCUACACCCUGGAGGAGGCGCCGCGCAAGGGACGAGACUUCAGCAACCCCAUGUAUGACGCCGUCACUCGCGCCGUCGCCGCCGGCGAGCCCGAGCCGCCUAUACCUGGCAUCUACGAAGUACCGGACGAGUUGAAAGACAAAGUGGUGUCAGCAGUGAUAUCACCGUCGUCGACGGAGACGCGGGGCGCGGGCGGCGCGGCGGCGCGGGGGCGCGGGCGCGGCGCGCGCGCUGGAGCCGGCCGCGGACACGGGGCGCGACACGGCGGCGCUGGUGCGGGAGGACGCGCACUGCUAGCGCGCCCCGCGCGGCCCGCGCCGCGCCCCCGCCCUACUGUUGCGCCCCGCCCGCCUCUACUCCGACCUGUCCAGAUCUUUAGUGAAAUAACUCGAGACUUUGGGCGACAUCGAGCACGAGUCGGUGUGCUCGAGCCUCGCCUCGGUGAGUGGAUCGGUGGGACAGUAGUAUGAGCGGUUGCAUUUUACCGACUUAUGCUUAUUGAAAAAAAAACACGAAAUAUUACCCAAAAAAUGUUAGCAAAAUUCUUUCAGUUAAAGAUAAAAUAUAAAAACUGUAAAUGAUAUUAUGUAAUACUUGUUAGUGUUUUAUAUUUGUUUUCGUAUAGGCUGUACUGAGCCGAGUCAGUCGGAGCCGCUGCGAGCGGCGAUGACAUCACUUCUCUUUAAGUAUUUUUGUCUUUCCCUAAUUCUAUCCGUCCUUCUAGUUUUAGCCAAUAAUUAUAAUUUAUUGAAUUAUUCUAUAUAUGUAUGCAUGUUACUUUACCGCUUACUUCUUCUAUAUAAAGAUAUCCCAGCUAGUUCUGGUCGUACUUAUGACAGUAUUUUCCUUUAAGUUGUCUGUUACUUAUCUAUAUUUUGUACUAAAAUAUAUUGUGUUAAAUCUAAAUAAACCAUAUCAUAGCGUGAUACGUUCGAGACGAAAGACUAAAGUUCCACAGUAAGUUAGAUCUGUAUUUGGUUGCAGGCCCGAACUAUGAUUAUAUUCCUAAUGUCUGUAUAAAUUGUGUUGACUUAGUAAUAAAUAAUAAAUUAGUACAUAAAUAAGGAACUAGGAAUUGUUGUUGGCAAAGGCCCAGGGCGCCAAUUAAUAGGCUUUUAAAUUGAUUUGACAAUAAGCAAUACACUAUAUUAGAGAAUUAUUUAUUUAUUUCGGUUUAAGACUAAGUAUGUAAAAUAACUAUGUUGUGUUUUAUAAUUGUCUAUUAUUCAUAAAAAUAUAUUUUGUGGGACUCUGACGAUUUGCCAUAAACGUGUCAAAUAAUGUUUCUGUUGUUUUAAUGUUCAAGUGUUUCCGCCAUCACUUUGUUUACCCGGAACCGAACCCCGGACCGCGGCACUCCAAGCGUUGUAAAUAGGUACAAGCGUUCCAUCAUUGUGAUGUACAUGUCAUAGGCCAAAUAAAUUGUAAUGUAAUAUAUAUAUUGUAUCUAUUGGAGACAUUAUAAAUAUGUACCAUACCAUAUGUAAUGAAUUGUGAAUAUAUCACGACAUAUUGUUAUUAUGACAAAAUCUCGAAUUGAUAAAUUGUAAAAAGUAUAGAGGUGUCAAUAUUAUAAAUAUUACAAUGUUACGAUUAAGGAGAGGACAUAUUUUUAUAUCGGGACUAUUGUAGUUACUAGACAGUCGUCUGAGGUUACUUGAUGAAAAUAUUGUG